AUGGCUGAUCCAGCAACUAUAAUCAGUGGUUUGCUUUCAAACUUGUCACCUCUGAUUCAGGAUGAAUUCUCGUUGCUUUGGAGUUUUAAGAAGGAAGUUCAAAAGCUAUCCAGCACGCUAACUUCAAUUAGUGCCGUUCUUGAGGAUGCAGAGAGAAAGAAGGACAAGGACAAACAAACGGAAGAUUGGUUGUGGAAGCUCAAAGAUGUGGCGUAUGAGGUUCGAGACAUCAUGGAUGACUGCACCUAUAAAGAUCUUCGUCUUCAAGUCAACAGGCGUAAUGCCUCCUCUUCAACCUGUAUCCAGAGCGUCAAACGUUACAUUUACGUGAAUCUAUUGAUGACAAGUUUACUAGUCUGUUGGCGUGAAACCAUAUCUCUUUCUAGUUGUAAUAAAGUAUAUGGGAGAGAUGUGGAGAAGAAAAUGAUUAUUGAUAUUCUGGUCAAUAAUACAUCUGGUGCUUGUGUGGAUAAAAAACUAUCUGUUCUACCCAUUGUUGGAAUUGGGGGUCUAGGUAAAACAACACUUGCUCAAACGGUAUUCAACGACGAGGAGAUUGCUAAGCAUUUUGAAACCAAAAUCUGGGUUUGUGUUUCUGAUGAAUUUGAUAUUCAAUUAGUGAUGAAAGCCAUCUUAGAAGAAAAGGCGGAAGCACGCUUAGAAGAAUUGCAGAUAAAAGUUAGAGAAAAAUUGUGUGGGAAAAAAUAUUUGAUUGUAUUGGAUGAUGUUUGGAAUGAAAACCUUGAGGCAUGGGAUCAGUUGAGAUCUAUCUUGGAUUGUGGAUCAAAUGGUGCGUUUGUCCUUGCCACGACACGGAAAAGAAAUGUGGCAAAAAUUAUGGAAACGAUUCAACAUAUACGGAUAUCAUUGCUCUCUGACGAGGAUUGUUGGUUACUCUUUGAAGAACGUGCAUUUAUGUGUGGGACACCAAAAACUCACAACUUUGUUAAUAUUGGAAAAGAAAUAGUUAAAAAAUGUAAGGGUGUUCCCUUAGUUGCCAAGACAUUUGGAGGUCAAAUGGGCUUCAAAAGUGAUAUAAAUGAAUGGUGUAAAAUAAGAGAUAAUGAAAUAUGGAAGAUAUCUCAAAAUGAAGAAUCUGAUCUCUUGCCUAUUCUAAGGUUGAGUUAUUAUGAACUCCUUUAUCAUUUGAGAAGAUGUUUUGUAUUUUGCGCUAUAUUUCCAAAAGAUGCUUUAAUAAAAAAGGAGAGAUUAAUCCAAUUAUGGAUGGCCCAUGGUUUAAUUCCUACAGAUAAGAACCAAGAAGUGGAAGAUGUUGGGAAUACAAUUUGGAAGAACCUAUGUUGGAGAUCCUUUUUUCAAGACGAGAAAUCAGAUCGGUAUGGAAUGUAUGAAACAUGUAAGAUGCACGAUCUUAUGCACAACCUUGCCCAAUCUGUUAUGAAAGAUGAAUGUUAUAGUUUGGAUGCUAAUAGCUCAAAUGAUGGUUUAAAACGAGAAAUUCGUCAUUUAACGGCAAUGUUUGAUGAAUUUGUCAAAAUAUCAUCUCAUUCUCUUAAGAAAAUUGGAGGGUUGCAAUCACUAAUGCUCAAUGGCAGAGAUGUUUAUGGAAAUGUCACACAGCAGAUUUGUUUGAGUGUCUUGAAGAAGGAACUUCCGGCUUUACGCGUUCUUGAACUGAGCUACUAUAAGCAAUAUCAAUAUCAAGAUUUGCAUUACAUGGGAUGUCUAAAACAUCUAAGAUAUUUAGACAUUUCCAAUAAUUAUGAGAUAACAACAUUACCGGAUAGUAUUUGUGAUCUCUUGAACCUACAGACUUUGAAACUCAAUCAGUGUUCUAAUCUUGAAAGUUUGCCCAAAAAUAUGAAAGACCUUAUUAGUAUGCGGCAUCUUGAUUUGGAGGAGUGUGAUGAAUUAAAAUAUAUGCCUAAAGGGAUGGGACAAUUGAAACAUCUGAAGACGUUAAACUUGUUUGUGAUAAGCGACAAGGAGAAAAACUGUCAACUAGAUGAAUUAAAAGAAUUGGAUAUCGGCGGAUCAUUGAAAUUGAUGAACCUUGGAAGAGUUAGUGAUGCAUCUAUUGCAAGAGGGGUAAGUAUGGCUAAAAUGUCGAGUAUCAAUGAGUUGGAGUUGGAAUGGACAUAUGAUGAUAAUGAGAACAAUAUGAGUACUAGAGAUGAGAAAAUUGGUGAAGCUCUAGAGGUUUCAACUGCAAGGCUGAAGAUAUUGAAAAUGAGUCGUUACAAAGGUGUGAAUCUCCCUAAAUGGCUUGAGCUUAAGGGCUUGGACCAUGUGAAUAAUAUUGCUAGUAGCAGCGAUGACAAUGAAAUGAUAGUACUAUUCCCUUUGUUAGAGAAACUUGUAAUUGAUUGCAUGAACAAUUUGAGAGAAUUGGUGUCACCUAGCUGUUGGAGUACUAGAGCAUUCCCUAAUCUAUGCAAGAUUGAGAUAUCUUAUUGCCCGAAGCUAGGGGCUUUGCCACCGCUUCUCAAAUCACUCAAAGAUGUAACUGUUUGGGGGUGA